CGGCGCAAUAUUCGCCCACCGGCUUGCCUGUUCCUCCGAGCCCCAUUGCUUUAUUUACGAAUAGCGUCCAUCGUCACACAACUCAUCGAUUUAAUAUACUCCCACUCCCCAUCCAUUCAGCAUGUCAAAAGGCCGCCUCACACGAUAUCUCGGCUAUAUCGCCGUCCCGACCCUUGCAGCAGGAUAUAGCGUGCAUCAAGGCCUCACGUACUUGGAAGCUAAAUACCCAGCGCUAUCUCCAGAAUCAACGAGUAGCAAAGCGCUCAGAGAGCCAGCAAAGCCUGGCCAGCAUUGCGCAUAUACCGACAUAUACGCUGCUCGAGUUCCGCUCCGUGCACUGGAAGCGCGAGCAAGGAGACACAGCGAGAACGGCGUAGUCAAGAAUUAUACAGAUGCGAAAGUCUCACGCGAAGAAAUAUGGGCGCAGUCGCUAUUGUCCUCGCUGAUUCUGCGCGUCGAGGCCUCGAUUAUCGGGCUUUUUGCGAAGGGGGAGUACUCGCCCGGCGACCUUGGUGAGAAUGGGUUCUCGCCAAUACCUGCGGACGCCAACAGAGAUGGGCAAACCCGGCCACGGGUGCUGCUUAAUGGUGUUUUGACUGUCCAGAGGGAGCCGGGGUCUUCGAGGCAAGAUGCAGAUAGCAAUGGGUUGCUGGUCUUAUGGACAAUGGCAGAUCCGCCGCGGUUGUUUUUCGAGAAAAUUGCUCGCUUGGGGUAUCCCUGGAGACUUAUGUCUGGUGGUCGACACGAGAUGAGUGUGUCGGAGCCGUUUGACCCUGAAGACAAGGGUAGCGGUCAUGAUAAGCUCGUGGAUGUUCGCUUUGGUACAUCCCAUGAUUAUGAAAUCGUGGAGGCUGAAGGAGGGUUGGAGCAGCAGAAGCUUUUACCUGCAUGGUCCAUGAGGAUUCAUCGCGGAUAUGCUCGGUUGAUUCUUGAUCGCGCCGUGAGAGAACUGGAGACCGAGCUUAACGACGAGAACUGAAACUGGCCUCCACAAUCGACAGCCCGAGCCGCAAAAGCUGCCAGAGCCAUAAGUUACUGGGAUAAGGGAAGCCCGCUCUCUAUUGCAUUAUAGCAGGCACAGGAUUUAUUACAUGGAAAGCACGGUAUUUUGCUAGGGUUUUCAAUUUCCUUGUUUUAUUCCUUGGUCAUUAAUGGCGUCAGACCACGGCGCCACCAACUUUAACGAAUGAAGCCGUGAUGGCUAAUAAGUAUCCAAAGCUAAGUCCAAUAUCAACUAAUUCCAUUUAGUCCGCCGUUUAGGGGGAUUGGUUC